AUGGGACAGCAGCUGGAACAGCGUACGGCCAAUGAACGAAGCAUCAUUGGUGCAUCGAUUAAUAAUUGAUUGUACACUCAAACCUUUUAAAGGCAGUCUAUAUUUCUGUGCACUCUUUUGGUUUCCUGGUCAUGCUUUCACUUUAAUUUUGGGCAAACAUGCACUGCGCCUGAUAGAUGUGACUUCAUGCUACACAGCAAGUCAACUGCUACAGUAUUAACCACCAUGUGAUACUGUGCAUUCAACAGAUGCACUCAGGUCAUUUUAAACACAUUGUUUUAUUAGAAAUUAACUCAUAUCUUACAAUCUUUUUACUUGUUAUGCCCAAUUCCAAUGUAGACGUAUCUCCGAGGGUCCUGAGAGAAGCAUUAAUCCUAACAUUGUGAUGAAUAGGCUUCAAUGCAUCCAACGGGGCGCCCCUCCUGGCCAAUCAGGGGCUCUGCAGCAGCUUCGACACCACCCCCCAGCGGCCGCACAGGCGCACUGAGCUCACAACUGCCAUUUUGUGGCAGAGGCUACUCUGCUAAAGCGAGAGAGGGAUUAAAACUAACUGCGAAGAAGCCUGCAUUCUCACCAGCGUGUUAAACUUUGUAGCACAGACUCUCUGCUUCCGCUCGAGUUAAACGGGGAGAGAAACACAGAAAAAAGAGGUAAAGUAUCACUACUUUUCUGAUAAGGGGGGAGUUUGCAGGAUCUUUAAUCGGCCUCUAGGUGUCACGAUGGGGCUCUGGGUCCGGCAGCUCGUCGGAGAGUGUUUGUCUCCCUCUAUCGUUAUCGAAAACCCCGUCAAAAUACGUCUAAAUAACCCAAGUAGUCAUAAAUGUACACACAACCCGCUGUAUUUUACACGCAUCUGUCACAAUAUCGUCGAUGAUAACUUACGAAUGCUUCGACGAUUUGGUUGGAGAGUUUAGGCCGAGGCGUCCAUUUUCUCGCUUCUUUGUUUCCCGUCUUUACAGCCUUGACGACAUGGAAACUGGCGGGUUUAAGUUAUCGCCCUCAGCUAGCGUUAGCUUGUUAGCAUUAGCUAAUACACGCCAGGUGUGACGCACACAUUCACAUCCUUACAUGCGCGAUGACAGUACUACAGGUGUGCACGCAAACAGCCGCGUAGUAUGUUACGACGCUCGACUGACUCCACGUUUUAGCGUGUUUCGUACUAACUUAAACUAAUGUAGCAACUCACGUUAGCCCACAGUUAGCGUUAGCUAGGUCUGCACAGCAGCUAGGCCAUUCUCCCGUCGUAGCGUUACGUUGGACUGUUGAAAGUGCUGGAAUCCCAACAAGUAACCACAUUAAAACAUCGAUGUAGUAUAUAAUUUAACUGAGCCGGUUGUGGUCGCAUCUGUGCUUACUUUCAUUGAAAUUUAAGUCGGUUCAAAACGCCUUUCAGGUUGCGCAGUAAAUACGCGGAGAGUUCCGCUCGGGCCAGCGAAGAGAGUGACGAGGCAUUCGAGUAAAACUGAGAUCACAGCGGUCACCGAUUGUCUAAGACCAAACACACGACGCGUGUUUCCCCCGAAAUCAGCCCUCUUCCACGGUCAAAUGUCGCAUUUCACUUCCCUUUUCCGUAACGGUGCUGUGGUCGAAUUUGGCAGUUGUUGUUGCGCCCGCUGCCCGCUCGUCUCUCUAUUCUAAGCCCACCUUGAGCAUCACAGCCACAGAUGUAUGUUAUAGCAGAGAGCUCCCUCUACGAUUCGGCUUGGAGAGCUACAAAAAUACCGCUAUAGAAAUGCCGGGCAGGGAGGCGACAGCUCAGUGCCGUCGCCUUGUUGUGGUAAAUGUGUUGCAAAGCAUCUAUGAAGGCCUUUACCAGAGCCUCCCGCCAUUAAGACAAGUGGACACGGAAACCUGCAAACAAGCAGAUGUUGUUCUCACAAACUCUGCCAUGCAGCUGCUCCACCUGUGUUGACAGGGACAGUCAGGUAGCAGACAGGCAUUUGGUUCAGCAAAGCUCAGCAGCAGACAAAAGGGAGAGCAGCUGUAUCACAGCCCUGCACGCUGCAGCCCGGCCUACAGACAGCAUGAAAACAGUUAAUCUAUCGUUGCUGUUCCAGUUCCUACCCAGCAUGGACGGAGGGCCAACAGAGGGUGUAGGGGUGGUGGAGGUCCCGCACAAAGACUUCCCCUCCAUCCAGGCCGUUCACAGCCAGGAUGCCAUGGUGGCUGACCUCCUCCAGCAAGCUGCAGAAGCCGGGGGCGUGGUGGAGGGACACGCAGGAGUCCUGGAACAAGGUCACGGGGACAGAAUGCUAGCAGCUCAGCAGCAGCUGAUGGAUGGUGGGGUGGGGGUCGGUGUGGACGGUGGAGCCGGGGUUGAAAUGAUGGUUAUGGACUCGCUGGAUCCCACCCUGUUGCAGAUGAAGACUGAGGUGAUAGAUGCUACAGUGGGGGGAUCAACGACCAUGAGUGUCGUCGGAGGGGUGGCGGGUGGCGCUCACCUAGCAACUGUAACAACCGUGGACCAGACUCAGAUCAUCACUCUACAGGUGGUGAACAUGGAGGAGCAGGCAGCUCUGGGUCUCGGGGAGCUCCAGCUGGUCCAGGUGCCGGUCUCUGCCACUACUGUGGAGGCCCUGCAGCAAGGCACCUUUGUAGACACCACUGCUAUGCCAAAGGACGGAGACCCGGUCAUCUGCCACACCCUGCCGCUGCCGGAGGGCUUUCAGGUGGUUAAGGUCGGAGCUAAUGGGGAGGUGGAGACAGUGGAGCAGGAGGAGGGAGGAGAAACCCACCCUAUAGAGGAGGAAGAUGAGGAGGUGGGGAACCAGCUGCUGGACGAAGUGGAGGAGGAGCCCAUUCAGCCUCUGAAUGACGACCCAACCUGGGCUAAAGACCCAGACUAUCAGCCCCCAUGUGGAGCAUUCAAGAAGACCAAGAAGCUUAACAUGCGGUGUGCCGGCUCGCUGUCUGUCCAGGGUAAGAAGAGUCGUCUGCGUUACGCUGAAGGAGACAAGGACAUGGAUGUCAGUGUCUAUGACUUUGAAGAGGAACAGCAGGAGGGCCUUCUGUCUGAGGUCAAUGCUGAGAAAGUGGUGGGCAACAUGAAACCACCCAAACCCACCAAGAUCAAGAAGAAAGGGGUGAAGAAGACGUUUCAGUGUGAGCUGUGUAGCUACACGUGCCCUCGACGCUCCAACCUGGACAGACACAUGAAGAGCCACACGGAUGAGAGACCUCACAAAUGUCACCUGUGUGGAAGAGCCUUCAGGACGGUCACAUUGCUAAGAAACCAUCUCAACACACACACUGGAACUCGUCCACACAAGUGCACAGACUGUGAUAUGGCUUUUGUGACUAGUGGAGAGUUGGUCCGCCAUCGUCGCUACAAACACACACAUGAGAAACCCUUCAAAUGCUCAAUGUGUGACUACGCCAGCGUGGAGGUGAGCAAACUAAAGCGUCACAUUCGUUCCCACACCGGUGAGCGUCCAUUCCAGUGCAGUCUGUGCAGCUACGCCAGCAGAGACACGUACAAGCUGAAGAGACACAUGAGGACACACUCGGGAGAGAAACCUUACGAGUGCUACAUCUGCCACGCCCGAUUCACCCAGAGUGGAACCAUGAAGAUGCACAUUCUGCAGAAACACACAGAGAACGUGGCCAAAUUCCACUGUCCACACUGUGACACAGUCAUCGCACGCAAGAGCGACCUGGGUGUCCACCUUCGUAAGCAGCACUCAUUCAUUGAGACUGGAAAGAAGUGUCGUUACUGCGACGCCGUUUUCCACGAGCGCUACGCCCUGAUCCAGCACCAGAAGUCCCAUAAGAACGAGAAGAGGUUCAAGUGCGACAUGUGCGACUACUGCUGUCGCCAGGAGCGCCACAUGGUCAUGCACCGUCGAACUCACACUGGAGAGAAACCAUACGCCUGCAGCCAGUGUGAGAAGACCUUCAGGCAGAAGCAGCUGCUGGACAUGCACUUCAAACGCUACCACGACCCCAACUUUGUCCCCACCGCCUUCGUCUGCCCCAAGUGUAGCAAGACCUUCACUCGCAGGAACACCAUGGCUCGCCACUCGGAGAACUGCACUGGUGAGGUGGAGGAUGCUGAGAAUGGAGCCCCAUCCCCGAAGAAAGGGAGGAGAGGAAGAAAGAGGAAGAUGAGGAGCAGGAGAGAUGAGGAUGACAGCGAGGAGGAGGAUCAUGCUGAACUUGAUGAGGAGGAGGAGGAGGAGGAAGGUGAAGGGGACGGCGAGGAAGAGGCGUCACUGCUACAGGAAGAGGAGGAGCCAGAAAGCAUGGAACUGGACCAGGCCCCUGCCGCCAUCCCAGUACCGGCUCCUGACGAGCCACCGGUCAAGAGGAAACGAGGCCGACCCCCAAAGAACGCACCCAAGCCUCCAACACCGAGCAAGUCCGCCAGGGUGGCUGCCAAGGUGGCUGCUUCUGCUGCUGCCAUCAUUCAGGUGGAGGAUGAGAGCACCGGAGCAGUGGAGAACAUCAUCGUGAAGAAGGAGGACAGCGACGCCUCUGCAGUGACACCUCUGGAGCAGGGAGUGGCCCUGACCGUGGAGGGGGUGGAGCUAGACGGGGAGGGGGUGGAGACUGUGGAGCUGGCCAUGAACGAGGAAACGGCAACCGCCACCGCUAACGGAGAUCUGACGCCGGAGAUGAUCCUCAGCAUGAUGGACCGGUGAACUCGCCACACAGCCACACGUGUAGCCGGACUACGAGUACACACAUCAACAUUUCCACAUCCUUGGCCUUGUCCUCAUGUACCAUCUGUGUGGGCUUUUAACGACAGCCAUUUUGCCUCCAUUGGAGUGGCUACAAAAAAGAUGGCGGCAGCAAAAACAACCAUGCACAAAGAAGGGAAGCCGCAUGUAAAUAUUUACACACACUAGCUUCAGAUCCAUGUCCAUCAACUGCAUACUGUUCAUUGUGGGUCUCACACACACACACACACACACACACACACUCUAGCAGAGCCCACGUCGUAUACAGAUUUCGUCCAAGCUAAUGACAGACUGCUCUCUGCUCUUAAUGCUUUUCUCAGUUUGAAUGUCUUCUGAAUGAGUCAUUGUGUGUUUUGCUACUUGUUUCUACCCAAAGCCACAUCCUGUGUCAGUCUCUACCCACACACAGCUCCUCUACAUGUCGCUCUGCCAAAAGGAGACAUUAUCUGAUCUACCUUCACUUUUUACUUGCUUGCUCUUCUUGCAACCAACCCGAUUUUGCAAAUUCCAAGCCUUUCUAUGUGUAUAUAUAGAUAUAAAUGUAGUUUUUCCUAAUGAAAGCUAGUCUAUGGUACAUGACUUUGAGGUACCACCACUCUCAGCCAUCUGUAUAUCUGUUCUCUAGUGUUUCCUCCUCAGCCUGUUUAAACACACAUGUGUAAGUUAGCAGAGUUUAUUCCUGAGCAGAUACAUUCUAAUGAACAGAAGUGACAUCCAGCAGCCGGCCCGGUUCUAAUGGAGACUUCCCUCCAUCAGCUCGGUGUGCUUUCCUCCUUCCUCACCGAUGGAACAUAUUUGUCUUUCUCGUUAGCAUGUUGAGGGAGCUAGUUUGCCGUCACAUGAACUGAACCAUCUUUGCCGGUUAGAGGAAAUGCAGACGAUCCUGAUUCAGUUGGUGGAAAGUUGUUCUAUAGUUGUUAACGUGGAAUUAUGUCAAUGCAUCUGAGCUCUGGGCAGACUCCAACGAUGUUCUCCAAGGUUCUACCAGCCGCUCGGGUUCCUCCUUUAAAGUUCAUCUUGGUUCUGGAACGAGGAAUGCACGAUGCUGAUUGAUGAUACCGAUCAGAUAACGAUAAUGUCACUUUGUCUUUUUUCUUUUGAAAAUAAGGUCGUAACGCACUUAUGUCAAGAAAAGUAAUUUGGCUUCUUUUUUUGACCGUGUUAUUUUUUUUUAUAUAUAUAUAUAUAUAUAUAUUUUGUGCCCCCCCCCCCCCCCCCACUACAAUCAAUGAUCAUCAACUUUGGCAGGUGGUUUGCAUGUAAAUACACAUUUUAAAGCCUUUUCUUUUGAUUGACGGUGAACCUUUUUUUAAUAUUUUGAAGCGGCUGACUUGGAGACGUUUGUUAAGCUGUUAAUUUCCCCGGUGAAUGCUGGUGCUCCAUGUCCUGAGCCUUCCGUCUGCAGAUGAACCGCUGACGUUCUGGAGCUCGUAGACAUUCAGCUGCUUUCAUUUCUGGCCCGUCUACAGUUUCCACUGCGGUCGGUUCAGUUCAGUGGUGACACAGAAGGUCUCUUUCUGUUCUCCUGAACCCUGUUAGUGAGGUUAGUUUCACCUUUUAAGAACAACAGGGGUGUUGAGUAUCUGCUGAGAGACUCAUCUAAACGCUUCUAUAACAUGUAUGUAAUAUAUACUAUAUGUUAAAGUCAUCCAGAGGCUUUCCCUUGUUUUCCACCUGUAGCUGAUACGGAGGUCUGUCUCCUGGAGGAAUCAGGAUUAGAACAGAAAACAUCAAAUGAUUUGUCUUCUGAAGAGGUUCUGCUGGUUUCUAUGUGGCCUUUCUGUCACAGUUGUUGGAUGGAACCACUUCCAUCAGUUGCAUGGACACAGAGAGACGUCACUGACAUCAAAUGGACACUUUAGUAAGAUGUGCUGCUGUGGUCUGACGUCUCAUUCUGUAAAACAAGGAAGACCAAAUGUUCUGUCGUCAACCGAUCCAUGUUGUCGUUCUGCAGGCAGACGGAUGGAUGUUUGACUGUUCUCAUAGCAAAAGCAAAAAGUGUUGCUUUUUGUUUGCACAUUGCUCGUUUGUUUUUGGCAGAAGAAUUCAGAGAGAAUGGUUUGAAGAUCAGGAACACAGAAGAAACCUUUGUCAUGUUGGAAGAUGAGACACUGUACAGCUGAUGACAAAUAAAAUCCUCCUAAUGGGCUGUGA